UUUAAGAACUAAACAAAAAUUAUGGAAGAAAACGUUUUUAAGCUUCCCUCCGCUCCGUCAAAGCCCAAAAAUGAGGGAAAACCAACAGAAAAGGAAGUUUUUGUCGCUCCUGAACCUCCAAAAGUACAAGAAAAGACAAAAGAUGACACAAAAUCAGAAGAAAAAGACGUUCCCGCUUCAAAUCCUCCGGCAAUUUCUCAAUCAGCAAACUACACGGAACCAAAAUGGGCAGGAAAACCCAGUCCUGACAACGAAUACGGCAUGGAAGUGCUGAAAGGAGGCGCAAUAGUUGACAAUAUCAAGGAUUUACAAACUCGAAGUCAUUGGAUAAUGGGAAGAGCUGACAAUUCUGACCUUGUGAUGUUACAUCCGAGCAUUUCAAGAUAUCACGCCGUUUUACAGUACAAAGCCACUCCAAAAGACGAAACUCCCGAUGAAAACGCCCCAAAUAGCAGUUCAGCAGAGCCUGGUUGGUACAUUUACGAUCUCGGAUCGACUCACGGGACAUUUUUAAACAAACAACGCAUCCCGCCGAAGACUUACGUUCGAAUCAAAGUCGGUUACAUGCUUAAACUCGCCAUGAGUACGAGAUUUUGCAUUUUUCAAGGCCCCCGAGAGGAUGAAGAUGAAGAAUCUGAACUCACAAUUACCGAAUUAAAAGCGAAACGAAAAGCGAUGGAAGACGAGAUCAAAGCAAAAGUCGAAGAAGAGCGUCUUGAACGCGAAAAAAAGGAAAAAGAGAAAGAAGAAGCCGGAAUUUCAUGGGGAAUGGCUGACGAUGCGGAUGACGAGCCAGAUCUCAACGUAAAUCCCUACGCGCAAACGAAUAACGAGGAACUUUUCUUAGCCGAUCCGAAAAAAACGCUUCGUGGAUGGUUUGAACGCGAAGGAUUCGAUUUGGAGUACCGCUGUGACGAAAUGUCGCCGGGGCAGUUUAUGUGUCGCAUUGAAUUGCCCAUCGAUGAUGAGUUGGGACGUCCUUUAGUUGCAGAAGUUCAGCAUAAAGGCAAGAAAAAAGAUUGUGUCGUUCAGGGAGCGUUGGAGGCAUGUCGCAUUUUAGAUCGGCAGGGAUUGCUGCGACAAGCGACACAUGAACCGCGAGCUGCGAGACGACGACAUUCGAGUUCCGACGAAGAUGACUUCUUGGAUCGCACGGGACAAGCUGAACAAAAGAGGGCGCGGAAGGAACAAAGUAAAAUUGAGACUGUAGUCGACUACGAGGGACUUUUGAAGCAAGAAACGGAGCUUUUGGAGAAAUUAUCGGAUAUUGAGAGGACUUUGGAAGAGUAUCAUGCGAAGCAAAAGAAGCAAAAAGACGGCGGAGAUGAAGAUUUGGAUGAUUAUUUGAAAAAUUUGAAGAACGAGGACAAACCUUUGGACAAAUUAGAGAUCCGAAAGUUGUAUAUCAAGCAAAAAGAGCUGAAAAACGACCAUAUUCAACUUCAAAAAUUACUAAAAAUUGCAAAACCCUAUGAUCUUCCGGCUCUAAAUCCACAAAAAUCCUCAGAAGAAACAGAAAUCAAACAAAAAAUCAUGCCAAUGAUCGGAAAAAGAGGAAAAUUCAGCAGUGUUUUGAAAAACGAUCGACUAAAUAUCGUUCAAAAACCAUCAGAAACAACAAAAAAUCCUAAUUCAAACACGAAAAGUCAAGAAAUUGGCGAAAAAAUGGAAGUUCAAACACCUGACGAGCCAAAAAUAAAUGAAAAAAGUCCAAAAGAAGUCACGAAAGUCGAUUAUGAUCCCCCAAAAUCCCGAAUUUCAAAGGAAAAAGAGCCCAAACGAGUCUUGGGACCCUCAAAAUUGCCUGAAAAACCCGAAAUUCCAUCAAAAAUGGAAGAAGAAUCAACUUCCGAGUCAACAACGAGCAACAAAAAGCAUAAAAAACCUCGAAUCAAGAGCAAAAAUCGUCUCAGGUACAACGUUGACAUCGACGACUCCAUCGAAUAUGAGGAAGAAGACAAAGUUUCGAAAUGGGUGCCUCCCGAACAGCAAGAUGGCAGCGGAAUAACUGCCCUAAACGAAAAACUUGGAUACUAAUUUGUACGAAAAUUGUUUAUUUUUUAUUAAAAAAUAAGAAAAAAUGAAAAACCU